CCGUGCCCCGAGCCUUCCGCUGGACCAAAAACGCGAGCGGGAGAUCGAGCAAAAGGGGCGAUCGAGAGAGCAAGGCUAGAGGGGCGCUAGCUCGGGCUGGCCCCAGCCCGCGCCCUCGCGGGGAAAGCAGCGGUUCACUUCUUUAACUGAGAUGGACAUGAUAUAAACUCCACUGAGUUGAAUGAUGGCAUCCAGUCCUGUGCUUCCCACCGAAGAUGAACAGGUUUCCUUGGGCAUCGAUGAUCUCCAUAUUUCACUGCAAGCUGAACAGGAAGACACUCAGAAGAAAACCUUCACCUGCUGGAUAAACUCACAGCUGGCAAAGCACACUCCUCCCUCGGUUGUAUCAGACCUGUUCACAGACAUUAAAAAGGGGCACAUCCUCCUGGACCUGCUGGAAGUACUCUCCGGGCAGGAAUUGCCUCGAGAUAAAGGAUCUAAUACAUUCCAAUGUAGACUCAAUAUAGAACAUGCCCUGACAUUCCUAAAAAGCCGAUCGAUCAAGCUAAUAAAUAUUCAUGUUACUGAUAUUAUAGAGGGAAAUCCAUCCAUUAUUCUCGGCCUAAUUUGGACAAUUAUAUUACACUUUGAUAUUGCAGAACUUGCCCAGGCUCUUUCUUGCAAUUACAAUCAGUCUUCCCUGGAUGAUGUGAGUGUGGUAGAGUCAUCUCCUACCUCAAGCCCUCCAGCUAAGAAAUGGUCCAAAGCCCAAGAAAGGUGGCAAAUGUCUGCAAAGAAGGCUCUUCUCGUAUGGGCUCAGGAGCAGUGUGCCACGUCGGAGGCUGUCAGUGUGACAGAUUUUAAGUCAAGCUGGAGAAAUGGGAUGGCUUUCUUGGCUGUCAUUCAUGCCUUGCGACCGGACCUAAUUGACAUGAAGAAUAUGAAGCACAGAUCCAACCAAGACAAUCUGAGAGAGGCCUUCAAAAUCGCAGAACAGGAAUUAAAAAUCCCCAAAUUGCUGGAACCAGAAGAUGUGGAUGUUGUCAAUCCUGAUGAAAAGUCAAUCAUGACCUAUGUGGCGCAGUUCCUACGGUAUUCAAAGGAUCCGCCUGGGACUGGAGGUGAAGCUCAGGGAAAGAUGAAAGACACUAUGGUCUGGUUAGCACUCCAAGAGAAGAGUCUACAGAAGAUGCUAAAGGAUUCAGAAAAUGAGACCUACUGUAAAAAGUAUGAAAGCCUGCUGUCCUUUUUGGAGUCAUUCAGUGAAGGAAAAAAGCCCUUUUUGGACAUCCUAUCGAUGAAGGGGAAUCUGGAUGAGCUGAAUGGAGAUCAGUUGCAGUUGAGAGAAGCCUGGGAUGGCCUCCACUACCAGAUUAAUGAGUGGAAAACAAAGCUGAAUCAUGACUUGCCGUCUCCCCUCCACCAAAUUGAAGUGUGGCUCCAGGAGGCUGAGGGCCUUAUAGAUGAAGACUUGCCAACUUCCCAGGAUUACUGUGAAGCCAUGGCUCUAACACAAGAGAAAAUGGCUUUGUUCAAGAGUCUCAUGGAUCAAGUUGACUGUCACUCAAACAGUCUCCUGGCAUUUGAAAAUAGAGAUGAAAAACAGUUGCCAUUGGUACCACCUUACAAAUUGGAGGAAAUGAAAAGACGAAUCAGCAAUAUUUCGGGGAAAAAAUUCAUUCCACUUCUAGAAUUUCAUUACUAUAAGUGCUCAGUUCUCGGUUUGCUAGAUGAAGCGAAAUCAAAAUUGAAUGUUUGGAACAUUAGAUAUGGGAGCAAAGACUCCGUGGAGUUGCUGCUGGAAGACUGGCAUAAAUUUAUUGAAGAAAAAGAGUUCCUAGCUCAACUUGAAACUUCCUUCCAAAAAUGUGAAGAAAUUCAUAAGAAUUUAGGUGGAGAAUAUCAGAAUAUUCACGAACAAUAUAUGAUGAUGGAACAAGAUAUUUUUGUGUGUAGGGAAAGUAUAUGUAAUGCGAAGUCAACUCUGCAAAAUGUUGUGGCAUGUUGGACUACUUACAUGGAAAAGCUUCGCUUCCUAAAGGCUUGUUUUGAGGAGAUGAAGAAGGAACAGAUCAAAGCGGUUCCCUUUGAGACACUAUCCCAAUGGAAUCUCGAACAUACUGCUUUAAAUGAAGUGGGAAAUUUCUUAAUUGAAGUCAGCAAUGAUGAAUUCGGAUCGUCUGUUUCUAAAGAACUCAGAAGGCUGAAUAAAAGAUGGAGAAAGUUUGUUACAAAAACUCAGCUUGACAUGAAACUGCCACUUAUAAGAAAACAGGAUCAGCCCAUUCUUGACAAUUCUGAAAAUAUUCCAUCAUCUAAAGAAGAAAAACCAACUGUUGAUUUUUCAACAGAUAUGCCAUUAAAACUUUCUGAAAACCACAAUCAGAAUAUAAAGGGUGGGGAAAAACAUGAAAAGGAAAAUGAAGAAUCCACAGGGCAACUACAAGUGGCCGGAGAGGUUGAAACACUCAUUGGAGAGGUGGAAAUCUGGGAGACAGAAACCAAAUCUGUUCUGGAUCUUCUGGGACAUCAAGAUGACGUGGACACUUCCAUGGCAGAAUCUUUGCGGCAUCUGAUUGCCAAGGGCUCUAUGUAUGAAGAACUCGUGUCCAGAGUGGAAGAAACCGCACAAAUGGAUGUGCACAGUAUUUCAGGCCGGGAGUCCCUCGAACAUGUUCUCACAGCUGGGCUUCAGGCAAAGAUCCAAGAAGCUAAAGAGAAAGUCCAGAUCAACAUGGUAAAGUUAGUUGCUGCGUUGAAGAAUUCAGCUGAUGUCUCACCAGGCCUGGAUGUCAGGCUGAAGGUGGAAGAAUCUCUGAAAGAACUUGAAUCAUACAUUACAGCAGCCGAGCGGUUACUUGGCCAAAGAGAGAGCCGGGGUGAACUAAUGUCAAAAUACAAGGAAGCAGUAUCAAUUUUUAAUACAAAAAGUCUGGCCAAGUAUUUGAAAGCUGUUGAUGAACUGAAAAAUAAUGUAGCUGAAGAUGAAAAGCUGUCUUUGGAAGAAAAGAGUAGAGACGUUUGUGCCCAGUGGGAGUCUCUUCAUCAUGAAAUGUCUUUGUAUAUUCAACAACUAAAAAUAGAUAUUGAAAAAGGAAAAAUUAGUGACAAUAUUUUAAGACUGGAAAAGCAAAUAAAUAGAGAAAAGAAACUAAUUCGCAGAGGAAAGACCAAGGGUCUUAUCAAGGAACAUGAGGCCUGCUUUUCUCAGGAAGGCGGUCUGUACCAGCUUGAUCGCCACAUGGACGUCCUGCGGGAGCUGUGUGAAGAGCUGACUUCACAGAAGAGGCAACAGGAAGUGCGGAGAGUGCUCAAAGAUUAUGAACAAAAAAUUGAAAGGCUUCGGAAAAGUGCUUCUGAGAUUCACACGACACUGCAGCACACAGUGGGAGGCACAUCGAAAAACAAGGGGGCCGUGGACGCGUCUGAGAACGGAGGAAGGAAUACCCACAGUGAGGUGCCCUCUGCAAACUCAAAUAAUCAGCCAUCAACUGAAAAGGCAGUAGAAUCGAUUAAGAAUCUGAACCUGGAAUCAGAGUUGAAGCCUCACCAGGAAGAAAACAUGGAGAAGUAUGAAAAGGAUCGCAAUACAUCUAUGAAUAGUUUACUGGAGAGGUUUGAUGCACACAGAGAAACACUUGAACUACACCUGCAAAACAACAAAUUUAGGAUUACUUCUGAUUUCCCUAGUGAUAGGGAAAGGAGUAGUGCUUGUCUGCAGGAUAAAUUGAAAGAUCUACAGGUCUUAAAAAAUGAAACUGAUGCUUUCUGGAAAGAGUUUGAGAUGAUAUCAUUGCAGCUAGAAGAGCUUGAGAGUGACGGAAAGAAGCCUUUUAUAAUUAAAGCAAGAGACGGAUUAAAGGACAAAGAAAGAGAGUUUCAGAUGAUUCUUAAGACCAGAAUGGAGUCUUUGGAGAUGGCGCUGCAGGUCGUAUUACCUGUGGAGGAGGAGUCGCUCCUUCUCUGUGGCUCAGACCUCCUUCUUCACGAAGUGGCUGUUCGAGAACUUCACCUCACUGAUGCUGAUGGCCUGUAUCAAAACCUGAGAGAUAUUCAAGAUUCUAUAGCGAAACAGAUAGAAAUAUGUAACAGUUUGGAGCAGUCAAGCAACUUCGAAUUAAAGGAAUUACACCCACUUGAUCUACAUGCAACACAGGCUAUUAUAGUAAAACACAGAUCGCAACUUGAAGAAAUGAACCACAGGAUCCAGACAAGCAAAGAUGCCCUCAGGGCUCUGGAAGAUUUUCUGGCUUCUCUGAGAACAGCUGAACUCCCCGUUGGCCUUGUUACAGACCUUUCAGCCUCAGCUACACAGGUGGUACCAGAAAAUACUUUGACAGUAAAAAAUAAAGAAGGAGAAAUUUAUCUGAUGAAGGAUAAGGCCAGACAUUUGGAUAAACGUUUGAAGACACUUGAUAUAAGCUUUAAAGAUGCAGAACGGGGUGAAGAGGCUUCCUGUGAAAAACUCCUUGACGCCCUGUCCAAACACUUAUUUGAGACACGUGGUUGUGGCGGACAGGAGAAACUCACUGAAGAAGACAAACUACUACAAACUUGUACUCUGAAAAAUAACGAGCUCCUGAAAAACGUUCUAGAUGUGCACAGUCAGCUCAGUAAAAUUGGUCUCAAGGAUCCGACUGUUCCAGCUGUAAAACAACGGAAAAAAUUAUUAAUCAAACUGGAUAAGGACCUAGAUGACUAUAAAGAAGAGAAGAAACACUUGCAAGACAUGGUUAACUCUCUUCCACAAUUCGAAGACGGCAGAGAAAAAGCUCUGAACCAACAGUGCCAAAAUACAGCACUCUUGUGGGAGAAUGCAAAAGCUUCCAUCGCUGAAUGCCUUGACCAAUGUGAAAGAGUUUUGGAGCUCUUAAAACAAUAUCACAAUUUUAAAAACGUCUUGACAACUUUGAUUCAAAAAGAAGAGAAUGUCAUCUCCCUGCAGGCUUCGUACAUGGGGAAGGAGAACCUGAAGAAAAGGAUAGCGGAGAUUGAAGUUGUCAAAGAAGAAUUUAAUGAACAUUUAGAAGUUGUAGACAAGAUUAACCAGAUCUGCAAAAAUCUACAAUUCCAUCUAAAUAAAAUGAGAACCUUUGAAGAGCCUCCUUUUGAGAAGGAGGCUAAUAUCAUUGUGGACAGAUGGCUUGAUAUAAAUGAGAAGGCAGAAGAGUGCUAUGAAAAUCUUGGUCGAGCUCUAGCUUUAUGGGACAAGCUUUUUAACUUAAAAGAUAUCAUUGAUGAUUGGACUGAAAAGGUCCUUCAGAAAAUCGAAUCACAUCAACUCACUGAAGAGGAAAGAGAAAAGCUGAAGGCAGAGUUACAAAUCCAUGAACAAAAAUCCUCAGACUUUUCUAAAAGAGUGGCUAAAAUACAGUCUGUGCUUCAAAGCAGUGAAAUACCUCUUGAAUUGCAGGUCAUGGAGUCCUCUAUUUUGGAAAAGAUGGAACGUGUAAAAAUGCUUUUAACAGGGGAAUCCAACGGCUCUGCACUCAGCGGAAACGCAGCUGAGCUGCGGGAGGACCUGGACCAGGCCAAGACUCAGAUUGGGAUGACUGAGUCCCUCUUAAAAGCCUUGUCUCCUUCGGACAGCUUGGAGAUCUUCACGAAACUGGAGGAGAUACAACAGCAAAUUCUACAGCAAAAGCACAGCAUGACAUUGCUUGAGAAUCAAAUAGGUUGCCUGACUCCUGAGCUCUCUGAAUUAAAAAAGCAAUAUGAAAGUGUCAGUGAUUUAUUUAACACCAAAAAAAGUGUUCUGCAAGAUCACUUUUCUAAGCUAUUGAAUGAUCAGUGCGAGAACUUCAAUGACUGGUUCGGCAACAUUAAAAUAGACCUUGAAGAGUGUUUUGAAUUAUCAGAAACAAAAAAGAGCAUGGAACAAAAGCUACAAAAACUUUCUGAUUUCUUGGCUCUUGAAGGUAGAGGCAAGCAGAUACAGCAGGUGGGAACGGUACUGAAUCACGUGAAGAAGCACCUGCCCAAAGCACAUGUUAAGGAGCUUACCAGUUGGAUUGAAAGUCAAGAAAUUGAAUUAGAAAAAAUGGAGUCUGUAUGCCAAGUGCGAGCAAAGGAGCUUGAUGACUGUUUGCAUCAGCUGCUGAGACUCCAGGAUGACCACAGAAACCUGAGUAAGUGGCUGACUAAUCAAGAAGAGAAAUGGAAAGAAAUGGAAGAAUCAGGAGAGAAAACUGAGUUAUUUUGCCAAGCCCUGGCUAGAAAGAGAGAACAGUUUGAAUCCAUGGCCCAGUUGAACAGCUCUUUGAAGGAAUGUGGGCUUGCUGAAGAAGAAAUAAUAAUGGAAUCAACACGUUUGAUUGAUAGAUACCAGGCAUUAUUGAGACAAGUAUGUGAAACCGAGGAAGAGGAUAAGUUACCUCCUGCUGAGGACCAGAGCUUUAAUGAUCUUGCACAAGAUGUAAUUCACUGGAUAACAGGGAUCAAAGAAUCCCUUAUGGUUUUGAAUUCAUCUGAAGGCCAAAUGCCACUUGAGGAAACAAUCCAAAAAAUAAAGGAAAUCAUUUUACUGAAGCCUGAGGGGGAUGCUAAAAUACAGAAGAUCAUGAGUCGGGCUGUGACCAGCAAGGCUCCGAUGGCGUCAGAGACCGUUGCGGACAUCGAGAACCAGUGGGUCAGCACGCUCCAUUUAGCCAACACGUACCUAAGCCAUCAAGAAAAGCUUCUCCUAGAAGGAGAGAAGUAUUUGCAGAGCAAGGAGGACCUGAGGUUAAUGCUCACAGAACUGAAAAAGAAACAAGAAGUGGGCUUUGCUCUGCAACAUGGAUUGCAGGAGAAGAACGCUCAGUUGAAAAUUUAUAAGAAAUUCCUCCAGAAAGCACAAGAUUUGACAUCCUUGCUAGAGGAGCUAAAAUCUCAGGGAAAUUACCUCUUAGAAUGCACUAAAAAUCCCAAGUUCAGUGAAGAGCCUUGGCUGGAAAUAAAGCAUCUACAUGAAAGUCUUCUUCAACAACUGCAGGAUUCUGUGCAAAAGUUGGAAGGUCAUGUUCAAGAACACCACGCAUACCAGGUUUGCAUCACAGACCUAAAUAAUGAAUUGGACAGCAUCUCCAAGGAAUUUGUUAGUUUUUCUGACAGGCCUGUGGAUCAAAUGGAAGUUGAGGGCAAACUCCAGGAACUGCAGGAACUAGAGAAUAGACUCCAUUUACAAGAUGGCACGUUAGAGAAGAUUGUAGGUUUAGCAAAAUCCAUCAAGCAAAAUACAUCUUCAGUGGGACAGAAGAUUAUUAAAGAUGAUAUAAAAUCACUUAAGUGUAAACAAAAAGAUUUGGAAAACAGACUUGAAUUUGCUAAGCAGGAGAUGGAAAAUUAUCUCAACAGCAUUCUCAAACCAAAAUGCUCAACAGAAAAGAAAGAAAAGUUUACUCCGCCAGGCAGAGAGAAGCAGGUCACUUCUGAUGUGCAGGAGUCCACUCAGGGCUCAGCUGCAGUGGGGAAGCUGGAGGAAGACUCAGAAGUAAACAAGAAUUCAGCUGUGGAAAUGCUUUUGUCAAAACAACUUCCUCUUGAUGUUCAAGAAAGCAUGAAAAACACUGAAGAUGAGCAGAAAGUUAAUGAGCUGCAAAAUCAACCUUUAGAAUUAGAUGUUAUGUUAAGAAAUGAACAAUUAAAAGAGAUAGAGGAACUAUAUGCCCAAUUGGAAGCAAAGAAAGCAGCCAUUGAACCACUGGAACAAACUGAGUAUCUCAACAAAACAGAAACAAGUACUUUGGCUAUCCACAAUGCAGGGAAUUCAGUGCAGCACUUGGACAGUCUGCUGCAGGCACUUAUUACUUUGAAGAACAAUAAAGAAAGCCAGUAUCGUCUCCUUGAAGAUUUUCAGGAACACCUCGCUGCAGUUGAAUCCUCGCUGAAAGCCUUGUUGACAGAAACGGAAAGUCUAAAAGUGGGACCACUAGACAGUGCGGCCUAUCUGGCAAAAAUUCAAAAAUUGCUGGCGUCGGUAGAAAAAGAGAAAGAUUCUUUAAGCACAAUGAAAAUUGAGUGGGAAGGUUUAUCAAACUAUCUGGCUGACAUGGAUAAGAAGUUGUUGGAAAGCCAGGUCAAGCAACUUGAACGUGCAUGGAAACAAGUAGAACAACUGGUUCAAAAGAAAUAUUCUCAGCACAUGGUGGAGCAUGAGGAAUUGACAUUUCUCCUGAGUGAGAUCCAUGACCUGGCCCUUUCUCUGCAGCAGCAGCAGCAGCAUCUCCAGUUAAAGCUGAGCUCUCCGGAAGAACAGGAGGGGAACCAAAGCAUGGUUGCAUUGGCCACUGAACUCCAGGCUAUCAAGCAUAGAUUUUCCAUUUUAAAGGGGCGAGCUGAACCUCAGAUGAAGAGGAUUUGGGGAGAAAGAGAAAAGAAGGUUUUGGAAAAUGCAGUCAGUACUUUCCAGAAGCAGUUGGAAGCAUCGGAGUCAUUAAACACAGAGGCGGAAAGUGAGAUCAAGAAGUGUGAAAUAAGGAACAAGGUGAAAGAGACUGUCUUAUGGGUGAAGAAUCUGUUGAGUGAACCCGUUCCUACGAUUUCCCUUCUACCAGAUGAUAUCCUUUCACAGAUCAGAAAAUGCAAAGUGACACAUGAUGGCAUUCUGGAUAAACAGCGGGCUGUGGAGUCAUUGAUUGAAGAGGUCCAAGAGAAUAUUCCCACCCUGACAACACAUGAGAGUGAUGAAUUAAAUAACCUCCUCCAGGACUUACAAGACCAAUGCCAAAUUCUCAUUUUAAGAUCAACGCAAAGAUCACAGCUGUUAGAAUUUAAAUUGGAAGAAAGAAGCAAAUUUGCUGCAUUAAUAGAGAAGGUUCAGCUUUCACUUCAAGGAAAUGAAACGCUGAUAAUUCCUAAGGUGGAAACAAUCUCCACAGAAGCUGAACUAGAACAUCAGCAUGUCAAGUUGACGACUUCUCAGAAGGAACUGCAAGAAAUUGAGAGUACAAUCUCAACACAUCUUCAGGAGCUAACAAAUAUCUCUAAGGAUCUAAGUGUGUUUGAAAGAUUAUUUCUGGAUAAUCAAUUGAAAAAUCUUAAGGCUAGAGCCAAGAGAACACAAAGAUUCAUUCAGAAUAAAUGCAAUGAAGUAGAACACAAGAUAAAUUUUUCCAGAGAGUUCCAUGAACAAACAUCUGUGCUUCAGAAGGAGCUUGAUAACAUACAACACAGUGAACUGCUACUAAGUCAAGAAAUAAAUCAGGAUGUCAAGGAGGAGUUCUGUCAUCUUCAAGACCGACUCACUGGAGUCCAGUCUAGCAUCCAACAAGUGUUGAAACUCAAAGAAGUGCUGGACUGUAUUGGACUCAACUGGGAUUGUUCCCAAAUUGAUAUAUUACAAUCCCAAGUGUUUGAAAAAGAAAAGGAACUUGAAGAAAAAAUUAAGCAGUUGGACUCAUUUAUGGCUGACUAUGGCAAACAUCAGGCAUCACUAAGUAAACUGAGGGCAAUGGAGUUGAAAAUUAAGAAAAGGGCUGAAGCAGUCCUGAAAACCACCAGUGCUUCACCAGAAAGCCAUCUGCUCGAUGCUCAAAUUUUGAGUCAGAGAAUUGAGAAAGCCAUGUGCUUAUAUCAUGACACAAUAAAGAAAUUAAGUGAGAAUAAGGCCUUUGAUAACGCCUUCAAAGAGGAAGAAAUACAGCAAAUAAAGCUGUAUGCAGAAGAAAAUGAUAAAUUACAGAAAGUUCUCCAAAAUAUGAUACUAGAUUCCCAACAGAAAGAAAUGGAUGAAAAGAGUUUUCAGGACAAACUGGAAAAUUCCUUACAUGUUUUGAACCAGAUAAAAUCUCAGUUACAGCAGCCUUUACUUAUAAAUUUGAAAAUUGAACAUAUUCAACAGGAAAUGGAUAAUUGCGAAGUAUUUCAAGAACAAGUUCAGGCAGAAAUGUGUAGCAUUAAAGCUGUAACUGUUACUGAGAAGCAAAAAGAGGAAAACUCUUCUGAAGCUAGUGAUGUGAACACAAAACUACAUGACUUUGAAGAUCUUACCAGUCAGCUUCAUGCAAACAUUGAUUUGCGGACAAAUGUCUUGAAUGAUGCUUAUGAAAAUAUGACACACUACAAUGAGGCAGUCACCAGGGCAGUGGGGAUCAUCAGCGACCUUGAAGCCAUCGUGGCAUCCCAUAGAAUAGACCUUGAAAACCCAGAAGAAUCACUGGAGAUGCCUCGCUGGAAACAAGAGGAGUUGGAAUCCACUGUGGCAGACAUCCAUGACCUCACCGAGAAAUUGGGGACCCUAUCCAGCCCUGAAGCCAAACUACAACUUCAGUGUACUUUACAGGAAUUAGUUUCUAAGAACUCAGCCCUGAGUGAGGCAGUCAAAGUAAAGGAAGCUAGAACAGAAAGGUGUCUCGAGACUUACAAAUGCUAUAGAGAACUUAAAGAGAAAAUUGGCAGUGACCUCAGCCACAUGGGAGCAGUGCUUGGGCAGUCCAUGUCCCUGCUGCCUGUGUCUUACAAAGAAGUGUUAGAACGUUUGGAGCAGAGCAAGGCCUUGGUGUCAAAUCUUACAUCAACUAAAGAAGAGUUAAUGAAACUACGACGGGUCCUCAGACCCCUGAGCCGUGCAGUCACAGAUAACGAUGGCCGAGGUCUGCUCAGAACCACCACGGCUCUGUGGGAGAAAUGGCUGAGUAUGCUGGAGGCUGCUGCAGAGUGGGAGAUGUGGUGUGAAGAGCUGAAGCAGGACUGGAAGUUUGUCAGCGAAGGAGUUGAACGAGAAGCAAUUAUUUUAGAUAAUCUUCAGGAAGAACUCCCUGAAAUUUCCAAGACAAAAGAGGCAGCCACCACGGCAGAACUCUCUGAGCUAGCAGACUGUUUAAGCCAAUAUGAAGAGAACGCAGAGAAGCAGCAGCUGUCGCUGGCCCUGCUCCUUCAGCGCAUCAAAAGUAUCCAGAGCGCUGCGGACAGCGCAGGCGCAGUGCAGACUGUGCCGGCGUUGCAGGAGAUUACAUCUAUGCAAGAACGAUGCGAUAAGCUUUUUCAGAAAGCUCAAGAAAAUAAGGAAUUGCUGCUGAAUGAAAUCCAAGAGCGACAUUCUUUCACAAAAGAAAUAAUUGCUUUGAAGAGUUUAUUUCAACAGAUCACAACUUCUUUCCAAAAUAUGGAACUACAGGAUGGCCUAGAGAAAGCAGAGCAGUUCGAGGAGCUUCAAAGCAGUUUUAAGAAAGGGAAGCUAACUUUUGAGAAUAUUAUGGAAAAACUCCGAAUCAAGUAUUCUGAAAUGUACACCAUAGUUCCCGCAGAGAUUGAGUCCCAGGUGGAAGAAUGCAGGAAAGCUUUAGAAGACGUAGAAGAAAAGAUUAGCAGUGAAAUCUUGAAAAGUUCACCAUCAUACGCAAUGAGCAGAAAAAUAGAUGAAAUCAACAAUGGACUUCAUAAUGUUGAAAAGAUGUUGCAGCAGAAAAGCAAAAAUAUCGAGAAAGCUCAAGAAAUUCAAAAGAAAAUGUGGGACGAGCUGGAUCUCUGGCAUUCCAAGCUCAAUGAGCUGGAUUCUGAAGUACAUGACAUUGUGGAAGGGGAUCCAGGACAGGCUCAAGAAUGGAUGGAUAACUUGAUGGUUCCUUUCCAGAAGUAUCAGCAAGUAUCUCAGAGAGCAGAAUCGAGAACCUCCCAGUUAAAUAAGGCCACAGUCAAGAUGGAGGAAUAUCAUGAUCUUUUGAAGAGUACUGAGGCUUGGAUAGAAAAUACCAGUCGUUUGCUGGCUAAUCCUGCCGACUAUGCCUCUUCAAAGGCACUGAGUCUCCAUGCUAGCACCCUUCAGAUGGCUUUGGAAGAUUCUGAACAGAAACAUAAUCGUUUACAUUCAGUUUUCACGGCUCUGGCAGACUUGUCGGUGAUUUUUGAAACGGAUGAUUUAGCACAGUCCAUACAAGAGCUAAGUCGUCAAGUAGCAGCUUUGCAACAAAACAUCAUGGAAAGCCUCCCACAGCUUCAGCGUAUGGCUGAUGAUGUGGUUGCUGUUGAAACUGAGGUAAAAUCAAUGGAGAAAAGAGUUUCAAAAAUCAAAGCUAUCCUGUUAUCUAAAGAAAUAUUUGAUUUUUCACCUGAAGAACAACUUAAGCAUGGGGAGGUCAUACUGGAAAAUGUACAUCCUAUGAAGAAAACCAUUGCUGAAAUACUGUCUUACCAAGUGGAACUGAGUUUACCCCAGACAGGAAUGAAACCUCUGCCUGUGUUUCAGCGGACAAAUCAGCUUCUACAAGAUAUAAAACUUUUGGAAAAUGUGACUCAUGAACAAAAUGAGUUGUUAAAGAUAGUCAUAAAACAGACUAAUGAAUGCGACGUGGAAAUAGAAAAUUUGAAGCAGAUCUUAAGUAACUAUUCAGCUGAGCUCUCCCGUGAAGAUAUGUCACCACAACAAGCUGCCCAUAUGCCACAAGUGCAGGGAGAAAUGGAAGAUAUUGAAAAACAGAUUAUAAGUUUGAACCAGAAAAAGGAAGACCUGUUGGUGAACUUAAAGGCUGCCGUGCUAAACCUUCACCAGCAUUUAGAGCAAGAACAGCAAGAAUUAGACAAAGAAAAGGAAAUACUGUCAGCAGAAGCAUCAGAAGAGGAUGGAGUGGCCGAGAGGGAUGUUUCUGAGCGGAGGGUGAGCAGACGAGGCUCCAUGUCGUUCCUGCCAGCAGUUGCGGAAGAGGCGGAAGAGAGCUCCCUGAAGAGUGAAAACGGAGAUAAGAAAGCAAAGCCAUCUUCUGGGUCUUGGUCUUUCCUCUGGACACAGGACAGGGACAUGGAGGAAGAUGGAGCGUCCUUGUCCUCUGGAACGAUCAUUCAGGAGGCAGCCGGGAGAGUAAGCACGUGUGACAGUUCCAUGGCCCAGACCCUGGCACCAGUCUCACUGAACACUGAGCAAGGCCCAGCAUUUUCCCAGGGCCCCAGUGGAACAGGCGAGGGUGCCACACCUCCUAUCAGGGCUGCCGCUGUGGGCUCUUCUAUCAGGCAAGAAGCUUUUCAGACCACAGCAGUGAAGCCUAGACCAGAGCCUGCUGAAGUCCUGCAUCUGUGCAAGACCCAGGUGGCCGAGCUGGAGCUGUGGCUGCACCAAGCCAACGUGGCAUUUGAGCCGGAAACAUUAAACGCAGCCAUGCAGCAGGUGGUGGAACAGCAGCUGGCAGGGUGCCAGGCUAUGCUAACAGAGAUUGAGCACAAGGUUGCCUCUCUGUUAGAGAACUGCAAAGAUCAGGGUUUGGGAGAUAGCGGAGCCAUUCAGCAGGAGGCUGAAGCACUUGCCUUGAAACUAAAAACUGUGAAGUGCAAUUUGGAAAAGGUCCAGCUGAUGCUUCAGGAGAAAUACAAUGAAGACCAGCAGUCUGCCAUUCUGAAGCAACCUGCGGAGCAUCAGAAAGUUUUCCAACCAGAUAACCUUUCUGAAUUUGAAUCUAUUAUAAUGGAAAGGCCGCCAUUCAGCAGACAGAAAGAUUCACAGCAGCAGCAGAUACUGGAGUUGAAACCAGUGGAACAGAAAGAUUUAAUCAAAUUCAUAGAAUUUAAUGCUAAGAAAAUGUGGCCCGAGGAUUGCCAACAUGAUAAAGAUGCAACUGAGAAAUCAUCUAUGAGCAGUGAGGCAUCUAGCCCUGAAAAUGAUGCUCCAGACUCGGGCUUGUCAAGCUCAGGCCGAAAUGGGGAUAAGUGGCGAUAUUUACAUCAUGAACUCUCGUCAAAAGCAAGGCUACCUCUCCCUCAGCUUGUGGAGCCUCAGGUCGCCACAGAUAUGAGUAAUCUACUUCGUGUGAGUGUGCAUAACUUUAGAUACCCAACAACUGAAGAACUGAAAACUUAUACCAGCCAACUUGAAGACCUGCGUCAGGAAGCAAAUAACCUUCACACACAGGAAAACACAACAGAAGAAGCAUACAUACAUUUGGAUAAAAAGUUAUUUGAACUAUUCCUGACCCUCAGUCGGUGCCUUGGCAGGGUAGAGGAGGUGCUGCAGACCCCGGGGCUCUCCAGAGGGGAUGUGUGUGCCCAGCAGGCGUACUACGAGACACUGGCUCUUGAACUGAAAAAACUUUACUUAGCUAUGAGUGACAAGAAGAAUGAUCUUUUGAAAGCCAUGACUAGGCCUGGUGGGACCACCAGCUUGUUCCCUGAGUGUUUUGAUAGCCUCCAAAUUUACCUGGAGCACACGCAGGCUGCUGCCGCAUCCAGAAGCAAGUCCCUGAAAGCUGGCCUCGACUAUAACCGCAGUUACCAGAAUGAAAUAAAGCGGUUAUAUGAUCAACUUAUUAAGAAUAAAACAUCUUUACAACAGUCUUUGAAUGAAAUUAGUGGCCAGAGUAUUGAUGAACAACUUCAGAAGGCAGAUGCCUGUACAGUGGACCUGCAGAACUCUGAGAACCGAGUAGCAAAACUUGGAGCCGAAGGGCAGAGGCUUCAUUUACCUUACCCUGUACUCCAAGAGGUUUACAAAUUAGAGGAUGUGCUUGACAGCAUGUGGGGCAUCCUGAGAGCCAGGUACUCGGAGCUCAGCAGCCCUGGCAUCACCGAGAGCCAGCAGGAUGCUUUGUCGCAAGGCUUGGAGGAACUGGUGAAUAUCGGAAAGGAAAGGCUUGCCCACGACUACUUACAGCAAACCAAAAGUAAAGUUGCCUUACAGGCCCGAAUACAGAAUCACAAGCUUUUCUUCCAGAAGCUUGUUGCUGACAUGCUGUUAAUCCAAACAUACUCCAACAAAAUGCUUCCGUCUUUAUUGCAAAAGAAAGAGACAUUUUGGGCAGAACAAGUAAAAGAGGUUAAAUUACUAGAAGAAAGGUCACACCAACAUGGAAUAAAGCUUCAGAGUUUGUUGCAGAAAUGGGAAGAAUUUGAUGAAAACUAUGUCUCUCUUGAGAAGGACCUGGACAUUCUUGUAUCCACAUUGCCCUCUGUGAGUUUGGUGGAAGAGACAGAGGAAAGAUUACUGGAAAGGAUUUCAUUUUACCAGCAAAUAAAAAGAAACAUUGAUGAGAAGCACGCCCGGCUUUACCAGACUCUGAAUGAAGGCAAGCAGCUGGUGGUGUCAGUGAGCUGUCCUGAAUUAGAAGGCCAGAUUGCAAAACUAGAGGAGCAGUGGUUGUCCCUAAACAAAAAAAUCGACCAUGAGCUACACAGACUACAAAUGCUUCUCAAGCACCUGCUCAGUUAUAACAGAGAUUCGGACCAGUUAACCAAGUGGUUGGAAGCUUCUCAGCAAACUCUGAACUACUGGAAGGAGCAGUCCCUCAAUGUGUCUCAGGACUUGGAUACAAUCAGAAGCAACAUAGACAGUUUCUUUGAGUUUUCAAAGGAACUUGAUGAAAAGUCCUCCUUGAAGACUGCAGUGAUAAGUACCGGGAACCAACUUCUUCACCUGAAAGAGGCUGAUACGGCCACACUGAGAGCUUCUUUAGCCCAGUUUGAACAAAAAUGGACAAUGGUCAUAACUCAACUUCCAGAUAUUCAAGAAAAACUUCACCAGCUUCAGAUGGAGAAAUUGCCAUCUCGUAAAGCAAUCACAGAGAUGAUUAGCUGGAUGAACAAUGUGGAGCAUCAAACCGCAGGUGAAGACUCUGAGCAUUCGCUGAGUUCUGCAUCUCAAGUUAAAAAUCUUCUUCAGAAGUACAAGGAGUUCAGAAUGGAAAUGGACUACAAACAGUGGAUAGUUGACUUUGUUAACCAGUCACUACUUCAGUUAAGCACCUGUGAUGUAGAAAGUAAGCGCUAUGAAAGAACGGAGUUCGCAGAGCACCUGGGCGAGAUGAACCGCCAGUGGCACCAAGUCCACGGGCUGCUGAACAGAAAGAUGCAACAUUUAGAACAACUUUUGGAAAGUAUCACCGAGAAUGAAAACAAAAUACAGAUUUUGAACAACUGGAUGGAGGCGCAAGAAGAGAGACUGAAAAUUUUACAGAAACCUGAAAGUGUGAUCUCAGUGCAGAAGGUGCUUCUAGAUUGUCAGGAUAUAGAAAAUCAACUUGCAAUUAAAUCCAAAGCACUGAAUGAGUUGAGACAAAGUUAUCUGACUUUGGAGAGUGGGACAAUGCCGUUGUUAGAAGAUACAGCUUCCAGAAUUGAGGGGUUAUUUCAAAAGAGGAGCAGUGUUAUCAAGCAGGUCAGUAAGCUCAGGACCGCCAUGCAGUCUGUUUUACAGGAGUGGAAGAUUUAUGACAAACUCUAUGAUGACAUGAACAUGAUGGCAAUUCGAUUCAGGUACUGCAUGGAGCACAGCCAGCCUGUGGUCAUGUCCCUGGAGGCGCUGAGAUGCCAGGUGCAGAACCUUCAGGCUCUUCAAGACGAGGCCGAGAGCAGUGAAGGAAGUUGGCAGAAACUCCAGGAAGUUAUUGGAAAACUCAAAGAUUACUGCCCCUCAGUGGCUGAAAUAAUCGAAGAGAAGUGCCAACAUACUCACACGAGGUGGACCCAGGUAAACCAAGACAUUGCAGACCAGUUGCAGAAGGCCCAGAGUCUGCUCCAGCUCUGGAAGGCCGCUGCCAGCGCUCACACUGAGGCUGUAACAAGGCUGGAAGAGCAGGAGGCCAAGUACCACCAACUUGCAAACAUCAACAUGUCUGGAAACAACCUGGCAGAGAUCCUGACCACAGCCCUACGGGACAUAAAGGAGCUGCAGCACGAUGUGCAGAAGACAAAAGAAGCCUUUCUCCAAAAUUCCACUCUCCUGGACCGACUGCCACAGCCCGCCGAGUCUGACCCCCACGUGCUUCUCUCUGGCCACCAGCACUCCCUCCAGAGGGCUUCCUACUUGGAAAAGAUGCUGCUUGUGAAAGCAGAUGAAUUUGAGUUUGUUCUAUCACAGUUUAAAGAUUUUGAGGACCAGCUGGAAUCUUUGAAAGGUCUUAUUAUGCAUGAAGAAGAGAAUUUGGAUAACCUCUGCCGACAGGAAAAAGAAAAAAAUCCUGAUUCAUUCCUGAAUUGUGUGCUAGCACUGACAGCCCACUCACCGGAUGUUGAACACCUGAAUGAAGUAAGCCUCAAGCUCCCUGUUAGUGACAUGGCUGUGAAGACAUUGCAGAACGUGACCCGGCAGUGCAAUCGGGCCAUGGCUACCGCGCUGGACCGCUGCAGUGAGCUUCAGGGAAUCGGAUUAAAUGAACAGUUUCUUCAUUACUGUGAAAAGUGGGUGCGACUCUUGCAGAAGAUAGAAGAGACGCUGAAGAUGAAUAUUGCCAAUAGCCUUCCGGCUCUCCUGGAGCAGCAGAAAACCUAUGAGAUGUUGGAAGCUGAAGUUUCUAUGAACCAGGCAAUUGCUGAUUGCUAUGUCACCCGGUCCUUACAACUCUUGGACACGACAGAAAUAGAGAACAGACCGGAAUUUAUUUCGAAGUUCACGAAGCUGAAGGCCCAGUGGCAGAGCGCCGUCCAGGGCGUUCGGCAGAGGAAGGGCGAGGUCGCUGGGCUGGUGAGGCAGUGGCAGUGUUUCUCCACCUCCGAGGAUUUGCUCCGCUUCCUCACCGCCACCAGCCGCCUGCUGUCUGCAGUCAAGAGCCAGGACUGCUACAGUCUCUACCAAGUCAGAAGCCUGAUCCACGAGCUGAAGAAUAAAGAAAUUCAUUUCGAGAGACAGCAAACCACCUACGCACUCACCUUGGAAGCUGGGGAACAAUUACUGAAGACAGCUGACCUGGAAAGUGCAGAGUCCAUAGAGAGGGGACUCGGGCAACUUCGGGACAGCUGGACGGACACCCGGCGCCACGUCGGGGAGACCGUCAGGCACUUCCGGAGCAUUGUGGAGACCUGGGACCAGUGUGAAAAGAAAAUCAAAGAGCUGAAAAGCAGGCUGCACGUUUUAAAGGCACAAAGUAAAGAACCUCUUCCAGAAACUCAUGAGGAUCUCCAAAAAGAGAAAGAGCUGAUUAAGGAACUAGAGAAGUCUUUGGCUAACUGGACUCAGAACUUGAAAGAACUUCACACAAUGAAAACCGACUUAACCCAGCACAUUCUUGUGGAGGACGUGAUGAUUUUGAAGGAGCAGAUAGAGCAUUUGCACAGACAAUGGGAGGACCUCUGCUUAAGAGUGGCUAUACGCAAACAGGAAAUUGAAGACAGACUCAAUUCGUGGAUUGUGUUCAAUGAAAGAAAUAAAGAGUUGUGUGCGUGGCUGGUGCAGAUGGAAAACAAAGUUCUACAGACGGCAGAUAUUAGCAUCGAGGAAAUGAUUGAAAAGUUGCAGAAGGACUGCAUGGAAGAAAUCAACUUGUUCAGUGAAAACAAGUUACAGUUAAAGCAGAUGGGGGACCAGUUGGUGAAGGCCAGCAACCAGACUAGAGCAGCCGAGGUCGAUGACAAGCUCAAUAAAAUCAACGACCGCUGGCAGCACCUUUUUGAUGUCAUCGGCUCAAGGGUGAAGAAGCUGAAGGAGACCUUUGCUUUUAUUCAGCAAUUAGACAAAAACAUGAGCAACCUCCGCACCUGGUUGGCUCGCAUUGAGUCUGAGCUCUCUAAGCCCGUGGUGUACGACGUCUGCAACGACCAGGAGAUCCAGAAGAGGCUCGCCGAGCAGCAGGACCUGCAGCGAGACAUCGAACAGCACAGCGCAGGCGUGGAGUCUGUGUUCAACAUCUGCGAUGUCCUCCUGCACGACUCUGACGCCUGUGCCAACGAGACCGAGUGCGACUCCAUCCAGCAGACCACCCGAAGCCUGGACAGGCGCUGGAGGAACAUCUGCGCCAUGUCGAUGGAGCGGCGAAUGAAAAUUGAGGAGACCUGGCGCCUGUGGCAGAAGUUUCUAGAUGAUUACUCCCGCUUUGAGGACUGGCUCAAGUCAGCCGAGAGGACAGCGGCCUUCCCCAAUUCCUCAGAGGUGCUGUACACAGUAGCCAAAGAGGAGCUGAAGAGGUUCGAGGCCUUCCAGCGGCAGGUCCAUGAGAGGCUCACGCAGCUGGAGCUCGUCAACAAGCAGUACCGGCGGCUGGCCCGGGAGAACCGCACCGACACGGCCAGCAGGCUGAAGCAGAUGGUCCACGAGGGCAACCAGCGCUGGGACGGCCUCCAGAAGCGGGUCACGGCCAUCCUGCGCAGACUCAGACAUUUCACCAAUCAAAGGGAAGAAUUCGAGGGCACCCGGGAGAGCAUCCUGGUGUGGCUCACAGAGAUGGACCUGCAGCUGACCAACGUGGAGCACUUUUCCGAGAGCGACGCCGACGACAAGAUGCGCCAACUGAACGGUUUCCAACAGGAAAUUACGUUAAAUACCAACAAGAUCGAUCAGCUGAUCGUGUUUGGGGAGCAGCUGAUCCAGAAGAGCGAGCCCCUGGACGCGGUGGUGAUCGAAGACGAGCUGGAGGAACUGCACCGGUACUGCCAGGAAGUGUUCGGCAGGGUGGCCCGGUUCCACCGGCGGCUGACCUCCCACACCCCGGGCUUGGAAGACGAAAAGGAGGCCUCCGAGAAUGAAGCGGACAUGGAAGACCCCAGAGAGAUCCAGGCCGACUCUUGGCGGAAAAGGAGAGAGAUGGAGGAGCCCUCGUCUCCUCAGUCCCUUUGUCACCUGGUGCCCCCAGCACUGGGGCCCGAGCGGUCUGGCUGCGAGACCCCCGUCAGCGUGGACUCCAUCCCUCUGGAGUGGGAUCACACAGGUGACGUGGGGGGCUCCUCCUCUCACGAAGAAGACGAGGAGGGCCCGUACUACAGUGCUCUGUCAGAUGUAGAAAUCCCUGAAAAUCCUGAGGCAUAUCUUAAAAUGACCACAAAAACUUUGAAAGCAUCUUCUGGUAAAUCCAUUUCUGAGGGCCACUCAUGGCACGUUCCUGACAGUCCUUCCUGUCCCAAGCAUCGCUACAAACAAAUGGGAGGCGACAGAAGUGUACAGCCCGGCCCCUCAGACUCCAGCACCCCUUACAAACCAGCCUACGUGAAGCUGCUGUUAUCUCCAGGUUCAGAUGAUGGCAAAGAAGGCCCAGGCGUCUUGAACGGCAGCCCACAGCAGGAGGACGAGGGACCGGCCUCCGUAACUGCGCAGCAGUCAGGUGCCUUUGACAGAUGGGAGCUGAUUCAAGCACAAGAACUUCGCAACAAACUCAGAAUAAAAAAAGACUUGCAGCAGCUGAACUCUGAUAUCAGCGACAUUACCACCUGGCUAAAAAAAACAGAAGCAGAGCUAGAAACGUUAAAAAUGGCCACACCCCCCUCUGAUAUCCAGGAAAUGGAGCUCAGAGUGAAGAGCCUGAAGGAGAUAUUAAAAGCCUUUGACACCUACAAGCCUUUAAUGGUCUCCGUCAACGUGAACAGCAAGGACUUUCUGCAGACUGGGAGCACAGAGUCCAGAGAGCUCCAGGAGAGAGUCAGCCAGCUGAGGCAGCACUGGGACACGGCGCUGGGUGCUGUGGAGAGCUGGAGAGAGGGCUUACGGCAGUCGUUCAUGCAGUGCCAGGACUUCCACCAGUUGAGUCAAAAUCUGCUCCUGUGGUUAGCAAAUGCCGAGAGCCGGAGGCAGAAGGCUCAGAUCACUGACCCAGAGGCAGGCCCCCGGGUUCUCCUGGAGUGUCAGGAAGACCUCAUGCAACUGGAAAAGGAGCUGGUGGAACGUCAACCCCAAGUGAACACCUUACAAGAGAUUUCAGACAGCCUUCUUAUUAAGGGGCAUGGAGAUGACUACAUUGAGGCCGAAGAGAAGGUUCACGUUAUUGAGAAGAAACUCAAACAGUUACUUGAGCAAGUGUCUCAAGACCUGAUGUCCUUGCAGGGAAGCCGGAUCCCAGACCCAGCCCUGCCCAACUUGGACGAGGUAGACGCAGGAGAGCAGCCUCCAGCAGCGUUCGGGCCCGCUUCCCGGGCAAAGCAGUCUGGAGCAGAGAGAACAACAAAAGGCAAGAACAAGACAGAGAGCAGGGUGCCCAGCCCCGCGGACACAGGCAGCUCGAGGCCACAGCGCUCCUUCCUCGCCCGGGUGUUCCGGGUAGCGCUGCCCCUGCAGCUGCUCCUCCUGCUGCUGCUGCUCCUGGCCUGCCUGCUGCCCUCCUCCGAAGAGGACUACAGCUGCACUCAGGCCAACAACUUUGCGAGGUCCUUUUACCCCAUGCUGAGGUACACCAAUGGGCCACCCCCCACAUAGGGGGCUCAGCCUGGCCAGCAGCACCACCCCACCAGCCUGUUUACUCGAGUGCCCAACUCAUGGCUGCACACCAGCCUGUGAGUGACUGAGCAGUGGCGCGGUCCAGGGACCUGCUGCGGAUGACUUCCUCAGGGCCCAGGGCAGGGACCCCGGGCAGCUGUUGCCCUGAGCAGCGUGGCAAAGCUACUUCACUGGUUUUGGGAUCUCUGGGAACUGCAGUUUCCUAAAGAGCCAAGCACUUUGUGAAUUCUCGUUUCUUUGUAAAACAGCAUUAUUAAAAUGUAGCUGAUAUGGUCAAAUGAGCAGUAGUAUUCAUCACAUAGUAUAUUUUCUAGAAAUAAGCAGGCAGAUUCCACCUUAGAAGUGGUUCAGAAACUCACAUGCACUCUUGGCUGAUUGAAACAAUCAUUUUAAAUGUUUAAAAUUCAAGCAGCUAGCAAUCUUGAUCUACAGGUUAUACACCAAAAUGUUCUGUUCAGUGCUUAGGUCUGCCCUUUUAUAUUGCUUUAAAUUUUUAAAGAAAUUAUAUUGCAUGGAUGUGGUUAUUUGUGCAUAUUUUUUAACAAUGCUGAAUCUGUAUGAAUGUAAACUUUGAUUUUUUUUUUAAAGAAUAUCAGAUUUUAGCUUGAGCUUUUGACUAAUGUACAGUAAAUGCCAAACUACAUACUUUUAGGGACAUUUUUGUAAGUUAAUUUUAUAAGACUUUUCACAUUUAAAGUGAUGGAUGCUUCAGGUGUUAACUGUUUGGCCACUGGGGGGUUGGUGCAGAUACACCUGAAGCUGUUUGUCAUAUGUACAACUCGGAUGUUUCUCAAUAAAACAAAGAAAUAGCCAUA